CCGCCUCAAGCUCAACCUCAAGGUGGAGAUCUCGCAAAUAUCUUGGCGCAAUUUAUGACAACCACUCAAGCCGCCAUCCGAAAUUUGGAAACACAGAUGGGUCAACUUGCAACCCAACUAAACGCGAGGCCGUCGGGAGCACUGCCGUCGAAUACGGAAGAUCCUCGAAAGAGCAACAUCGAGCAGUGCAAUGCAGUAACUUUGCGAAAUGGGAGGCAAUUAGAAGAAGGUCCUAAAAAGUCCGUUGCACCACCGCCUAUUGUAGAGGAGCCCAAAGAAAAGACCGAGGUCGGGCCAAGCAACACAAAGAUCGCAGUAAGUGAAUCUACUCCCAAGGCACUUAAGCAUAUGCCGAAUUGGGUUAAGUUUAUAAAAGAACUUGUAUCGAAGAAGAUGAGGCUUCCGGAGUGUGCAGCAAUAAUAGACUUAAAUGAGCAAAGUAGUGCUAUCCUUUCAAAUAAAAUCCCACCGAAUCGCCGCGACCUCGUCGAAAAUGAUGGGGAUGAAUCGCAGAUCAUCGGAGUGGGCAUUCCAGCGAUUGCGGCGGCGACGGUGGGCCCACUCCCGAAUAUUCCUGUAGAUUCUGAGGAGUAUCAGGCCUUCCUUAAAAGCCGCCUCAAGUUGGCUUACACUGCCGUCACUUUGUCUCGGGUGUGGUGA